GGAGUUGCCACAUCUCCAUCCCCAACCCCACCUCUCUCCUUCCAUGCAUCUGCAGCGGUCACAGGUAAGGAGGGAGAGCCCUGGAAAGAUUAGAUUAACGGGAGGUAUCAAUCCCUAUCGCCAUCGCCAUCUCCCAUUGCCCAUGCACCAGUAAACCAAGCACUAGAAGGUGAAAGGGGGAGAAACAGGAGAGAGAAAGAAUAGGAAGACAUGAGCAGCGGCUGACACACCCGGGCAGCCGCCAGCACCGGCACCGGCAUCAGCCGCGACCGAGAUUGAAAAGAAUUGAGGAGAUCCGGGGCCGAGUCCGAGGAGGAAGGGGGCGCACCAAAAAAAAUAUCGCCGCAGGCUGUUGACGGCUGGGAAAAUCGUUUCCUUUUUCCUGGUUAUUAUUCGCUGCCUCGAUCGAGCUUCUUGCCGGGAAGGAUGGCUGCUUUAGUGGAUUUGGAUCUCAACUGCCGUCCGCCGUCGCCGGAGCCCGCCGUGGCACAGGAGACCCGGCGGCCAAUGCUUCGUCAAGAACAGCCCUUCCCUGACCAGAUGAAGGGCCUCCAUAAGUUUUAUGGACACUUCUGGAAGCAACCCAACAGUGCACAAAGUAGCCUGCAUCCCACUCAUGAGAAUAUGCUGAUGAAUUUGGGUUCGAGGGCCAAUCAAAAACAAGAAGCUUUCGCCAAUUCCAAUAAGCGCAAAUCGUCGUCCGAUAUUGUGGAACAGAAUUCAGAUGUUAGGACUUCGAUUCGAAGAAAGUCUGAUCCUUAUCACGUUGUGAUUGACUUGGAGAAGCCAACGACUUCUGGUGAUGCAGGGGAGAUUGUUGGUUGCUCUGGUUUCAGCAACCUUGCCAACCAAAAUGGCAGGUCUCAGGAUGGUUCAUGCUGUAUUUCACCAGAGAAUAGCUCACUUGCAGAGUCUACUCAGUUAUGCAGAGAUUGGAAUUCAUCACGUGCAAACCGUGGUUCAGUUGGAUCUAGUGACACUCCAGAUUGCCAGUCCCCUAUCAAACCAAGUAGUACUGAAUCAAGGCAUUCACUGAUUGACCUGAAUGUUCCCCAAGAAGAAAGCCUUCUUGUGUCUUCUUUGUUUCAUUCUUCCUCGACAUAUCCUGGAAAUUUUUCAAAAAGUCCUAGAGAAGUUUCCGAAGCAGAAUGUGGCUCUGGUAUUGGAUCAAUUAGAGGAUCUUCCAUCAGUGUGAUCACAUCCAACCCAGUUGCAGAUAGUUCAAGGGAUAUGGUAGCCGAAUCCCCAAUCCAACGGGAGGCCCUUUUUGACCUAAACGUGUCACUUGAAAAUAUUGACAUGCCAUUAGAAAUAAUCAGCAAUUACAGAGAUAAGGUUGUAAAUAAUGAUGUAAGUAAAGGAACAGCACCCGAUCAUUCUUUCUCCAUGAAAAAUAGCCUGCAAGCAGAAACUUCCAGCAAAUAUCUGGUUCAUGGAAAUGAUCAUAUGUUGGCAAGAAAGGAUGACAAUAAUGUGCAUCUCCCAACCUCAACAAACAAUGGUAUCAGUAAGGUUCAGUCGCCAGAAUCUGGAACCAUUAACAGGGAACUUUUGGUCACUGAAUCUCUAGUUGAUAAUAAUGUUACAAGAGUAUCUAUAUCCCACAACCAAGCAUCAAAUCUUCAGGAAGUUAGCAUCCUUCAAGCUAAGGCCCAUGAUGAUGACACUACAGCUUCUAUUGCAGCUAGAACGCUUCUUUCCAUUUUUCAGCAUAAUUCUGCACGCGUUGCAGAUUGCCCUGGAGGCAACAGUACGACAUCAGCUCAGAAUGGAAACAAUGAGCCUCAGCCUUCAUUGGACUCUUUUGAGAAAACUGUGUUGAGUUUAGAGGAGAUCAAAGAUGAUGGCCAAUCCAUCAAGGCGACACCACCCGAUAGGGGAGGACCACCAUGUGGGAUCAAACUCAAGAGAGGAAGAGGGAUGAGAAAUUUUCAGAGGGAGAUAAUGCCUGGGCUUGUUUCUCUAGCGAGGCAAGAAAUAUGCGAGGACUUGGAAGCUAUAGGUUAUGAGCCAAAGAAGACUCGGUCUCGGAAAACCCGCAAGGGUCAAGGUUCAUGUUCAACUCGAUCAAGGCCACUCAAGCGUGGCUCCGCUGCCAGGAACUGACCAAGAGCAUCUGCAUUCCAGGACAGGUUCUUACAAGCCAGGCAAUUCAGCACAUGAGAGCUGAUCCUAGCCAUGUCAAUACCCAUGUGUACUGGGACCCUGUUUAUUACUGGGCCAUUUAGCUGUUAGCCUGGGAUGUUCUUUACUUCCCUUUGUUUCCUUACUCCUAAUUCCUAACCUUUGAAGUGAUCAGGAUGUUUAUUGGAGCUUCUUUUUGGGCAAUAUAUUUGCGUUUAGCAAUGAAGGCGUGGUGAUUUAGUGAUACUGUCACAAUGGCCAGUCUCUAAAUUCUAGCCCCUAGGUCAGAGUCGAUGAAGGCAAAAUGGUUGUAUCCUGAUGAUAGCCCAGCAUUUUAUCUCGAGUGACAGUGAAAAACAGUGCUUUCCUGAGUCAAA